ACGCUAAUGGGUGUCGUCCAAGUCAAAUUAGUAAAUUCAAAGACACGCUAUACAUGCAUCCGUUUUAUCUUGCAGUUUAACUUUUAAUAUUAAAAGUAAUCAACAAAAUGUGGUACUCAUUCAAAAUCUCGUACAUAAUUCUCGUUAUCUUGUCUAAUCCGAUUAGUCACGCCCUGGAAUGUUAUGUUUGCACGGAUCAGGCCGAUAAUGAAGACAAAUGCUUAAAAAGCAUAAAAAUAUGUGAACAGGGAGAGGAUGUAUGUUUAACUGAAAUCAAGUGGGGCAGUACUCCGUAUUGGUCGCAAGGUGCAAAGAAACAAUUUUAUAUUUCCAAAAGGUGUUCGACGAAAGUAGAAUGCGAAAGGAUAAGACGCAAUAACAUGCCAUUGUGUACUCAUAUUUGGUAUCAAGAUUGGAAAUGUUCGGAAUGUUGUCACGGAGACAAAUGCAACUAUUAUAUCAUUUCAGAUGCAAGCAAAGUAAGAGCUACUGUUGGAAGUAUCAUCUUGGCAUUACUUUCCGUCUUUCUACUUGGUAGAUAAAAUUGAUUAUCGUAUUAAACAUUGCUUCCAUUUAUUGGAACAUGUAGUAUUACUCAAUAUCGAAGACACGAGUCCAUUAUACGUCGAAUGGAACGUGACAGAUGUCUGUAUCAUCUCUUGAUUGGAAAGCAACGAUGUAAUAUAUUUAACAUUUUAUAGAAACGUUAAUUAGUUAAUAGGUAUAUUUUUAUAAUAUUUUAUAGGAACGUAUGAACACUUACAUUUAAUUUACAAUACAAAUGUUUUGUACAAAUAAGUUUUGCAUAGAAGAAAGUCCGUCCAUAAUUUAGACUAUUUAUAUAUUCAUUAUAUUAGUUAAUAAGUAUUUUUUAUAUAACUUUAAUACAUAAUUGUCCAAGCAUUUCAUAUUUAUUCGAUCAUCCGAAAGACAAAUACA